AUGGCACCUCCCGUCUCUCCUCGCCGUACACGCACCAAAAAUGCAACACAGCACCCUGGACAUGUGCUCCUCGAAGGUAAAAGAAAACGACGCACCCAGGCCCAGAUCAAGGAAGACAAACAGCGUGCCCAGGAAGCACAGGCUGCCCAGGAAGCCACUCAGCAGAGCAAAAUCGAUCGUAUUGCUGGUAUUGAGGCUGCCAUGGAGGUGGAGCAGGCGACUCAGGCGACUGGAAAAGUGAAGCCGGUAAGGCCUUGUGCUAGGCCAGUCAAAAAAAAGACAGAUGGGAAAGGUGCCGACAGUGAUCUUACCUCAGAGAGUCUGCCUGUGCCUGCACCAGAGGCUAAGGGUCAAGGCGCGGGAAAGAGUAAAGCGGUUGGAAGCAAGGCUGCUGCAAGGCCGCCAAAGAAGAAGGCUUCCUUGAUACGUGAUGCAAUCAGUACCGCAACAAGACAGAUUCUUGAUGGGAAGGCACCUGAUUGUGACAAGAAAGGAAAUCCUGUACCAGGUAAAAAAUUUAGCUUGACAGGCAAGAUCAACAACUGGCGCAAUCUCGUGAAACCUGAGAUGAAGUCGAAAGCGUCUCCUGUUGCGACACCUGAAUCCAAAUUUUCAGACGGCACUGUUUUGUCAGCAACCACUUUGAAGACAAGCCAAACUGCAGCGACCACUGUCUCACUCACAAAAGACCCUCCUCUGUCCUUGACAGAAUUUUCAGAGGGUGACGAGGAAGAGGAAGAGGACAGAGAUGGUGACAACGACAUUGACGAAGAUGGAGACGGAGAUGUAGGUGGAGACGACGCUGAUGCUGACGUUGACGCUGAUGCUGACGUUGACGCUGACGAUGAAGACAACAAUUUCGAGGAACCUGCCCUUGUAACUAACAGAAAGGUUAAGGCAAGCCUGAAGUCUGUUGUACAGAUUGCCGAAACUUCGGACGAUGAAAUGCCUGAAGCACUGGCACCAAUAUCUUUCAAUCAAUUGCCAUACAGCCAACAAGCAGACAUCGUAAGGUUUGCCCUAGAGCAAGUCCCACCUCGCGGGGUCUCGUCCACCAAGAGGACAAUCGAGGAGGCUGAAUUAAUAGAAUUGUCUGAAGAAUACGUAUCCGAUCACAGCGAGGAUGCUGCUGAGGAGGAUACAGACCGCCACGACAUGUUCAAGUGUGUUAUUGACCCUAUGCUACUUGACGAAGAGCCUAUCUCUGCCAACGUCGAGCAGGUUCCCAAGCCAAUGCGCAUUACUACAAAGACCAGUGUGACAGUCGCCGAGAAACCGAGCCCACCCAAGAAAGCUAAACUGGAACCAGUACUUUCGAUGCCCUCCGAACCCAAUUUGAUGGCUGCCGACAUGUCGACAAAGCCCAAAACUGGCGCUCAAUGGCAAAACAUGGACCUCCCACCGAUUAUGUUGGAGGGUGGCGCAUGGCGCCGGACAUUUAUCCCAACGGUCUUUCUUUGGGCAGGUGCUCAGCCAAAAUUUUGGUCUAUCGAGACCGAAAAAUUACUUCCGGCACUCCAGGCUAUUUUCAAUGUCUCAUUUCCAGGAAUAAAUCACAACAUUCAACCAAAAGGUCCCAUAGUAGGCUUGGUGAAUCAGCGUAUAUGCUCCUGGCGCAGCAACUUUGGAUCAACAGCUAUUGCCCUCAUCGCGAACUUUCUGGCGGCCUCUAGAAAUGACAAGAAUGACGACAAUGACGAUGACGACGACGAGACUCGUGAUGCAGACAAGAUCUACCGGUCGGUGUUCAUGUUGGAACUGAUUGAGUCUGCUCACAUCAACGCGAUUGCCGGAUUCCUCAAUGUACCGGCACUCAACAUGGAUGCUCUGCAGGUGAAGGGCAUGCAGGCUGUAAUUGCUGCAAGUGCUGCUGCACUCGAACGUGCCUUUAAUUUCGCUGCGAAGCCGAAAGUUUUGAAGCAAAACAACACCAGCAGUAAAGAGAGCACCGCAAUAUCAGCCUUUUCGGAGGCAAACUGUGGCUCAGCGACAUCCGAAUACUACGAGUCCCUCAAGAGGUGA